CGUCCACACUACACCUUAUCACUUCACUAUACUACUUCGCUCGCGCGCGCACUGGUAUUAGUGCAACGCACUUCACUUCGUCCAUGGAGGAGGAGGACGACGACUUCACGUUUCCGGCGGCGGCGGCAGCGCUGCCACGGAGCUGCCAGGAGGACGGCCUCGGCCUCGGCCUCCUCUGGCCGCGGCUUCCCAGCGCCGCCUCCACUGCUGCUACUGCUGCUGCUCUCUGGCCAUUCUCGUCUAAUUCCUCGUCGUCGUCGUCCGGCACGGCGGAGGAGGAGGACGCGCCAGCGGCGUCGGGCGGGAGCAGCGGUCGUGUGGCGGCACGGCGCGGCGAGGUGGGGGAGGGGGAGGAGGAGCGGAUGGACAUGCUGUGGGAGCACGAGCGCGCGGCCGCCGGCGAGGAGAGGAUGGACCUGCUGUGGGAGGACUUCAACGACGAGCUCCUCCUGCAGCUGCGGCGCCUGCAGCGCGCGGGCAGCGGAGGGGCGGCUGGGACCGGGGCGCCGUCGUUAGCUGACAACGACGGCCGCCACUCACCGCCGCCGGCGGACGAGGAGGAGACGUCGUCGUCCCCAGGGGGAGGGCUGUACGGGUGCGCGCCGACGAUGCUGAGGGCGUCCUCGCGUGCUGGCGCCGUGGGGCAAUUCUACGGCGGCCGUGGCCGUGGCGGCGGCCGGAGCAGGGCGACCGGGUGGGAGCUACUGCUGCGGCUCUUCCGGAAGCUCUUCGCCGUCGACAAGUCGUCGCCGCCGCCGUGCCAACACCACCACCGCCGCCGCCACGGGAGCAUCUACGUGCCAUGACCAUGAUUGGCCAGCUAGCGCGGCCGAAAUGAUCGCGGAUUCGCAGCAAGAGUAAACUAAUUAAUAACCCCAUUUCGUGUGUAAUUACGUGCAAAUAUCUGCAGCUCCAGUGUUUUCUUUCCCCUUUUCAAAAUUAAAUGCACAGCGUGCAUAGUCAAAUAUCAGGAUUUGAAUUGAAUUCAGUUUAAAUUUCUUUUUCUUCAUCCGUAAACAUGCAAGGUCAAACAAAGAUAGCAUCUUAUCUUUGGUGUGAAUAUACAUAUAUGGACAUUGGACCUAACACUAAUUAUUACUU